GACGCGCUCGGCCAAGAUGGCGGACAAGUGUCAGCCGCGGUGUCCUGUACUUUUCUGAGAAACUCAACUCCAGCCGCGCUCGUAUCGAGUUUUGUUUGUAUCUGUGCAUCUCGACUGGAAGAUAACGGAUCAAGACUGAAACGACACCAAUGGAAGGAGAUCUCCAGUAAGUGUAAACACUUUGGAGACCUGUGAGUGUAAACGAUGCAGCCCCCUCCUCGGACAGCCCCUCCUGGAGCUAGUGGACCUCCGCCUCCCUCUGGUGGACCAAAUGCCUUCAGAAGAACCAGACCUCACAAGCAUGGGGCUGCAGCUGCUAUGACACCAGCUGCCCCACCCACACAGCCAGUGACUGAUCCUUUUGCCUUUGGAAGACAAAGUUUUUCACCCAUGGCAGGGGGCAGCCAAGUUCCAACCACAAACAGCAACCCACUUCAUAUGCAAGGUCCUCCCCUGCCUGUGUUUAACCCGACGACUCCACCACAAGGGCCACCACCAGGAGCAGCGCAGGCAGCCUCUCCUGGCCCACCACCAAGAAUUUUUACACCUCAACCAGUUCUCCCAGGGUCUGCACCAAACUCCAAUCCUCCACCUGUAGAACCAGGAUACUUUAAUUCCCAAGAACCUAUGCCCUAUAUAGCACAAUUACCUAACCCUGCUUCUUCUUUCAGUUCUGGUUCAUCACAUCCACCCUUCACUGCCCCAACACCUCCAGUUCAAUCCCAGACUCCUUUUCAAUCCCAGCCAACGCCUCCCCUACCUUCUCACUGGGUGCCUGACCACAGAAGCCGCCCACCUUCUGUUCAGAACUACUUUCAGCCAACUAGUGAUCUCCCAUCUCAGCCUUUUCAAGUUCAAGCCCCACCCCCUGUGCCCUCUUCCCACACAGCCCCACCAUUGACACAAUUUCAGAAUCAAGGUCAGUCAGCUCAACCAAAUGUGACUGGGCCUGCUCCAACUCAGCAACUCAACUCCCACUUCCCGGCUCAGAAUUACUUCAGUCAGUCAGGUGGACCCUUAGAGCCAUGGUUCAAUCAAAACCCACAGGAUCCAUCUCAGCGUGCCUGCUCUGUCUCCUACUCUGAAGUUCCCAGUGAUUCCGGAACUCUCUCAAUGUGCUUUCGGGGCAAUGAUGUUGAAAAUGAAGAAACACUGUCAGGGGAGGGACGUGUAAAUGGGAUUCAUCACCCUUUCCAUUCGACGACUGAGUUCUCUGGUCCAUAUUUGAAUGACACUGGUAACAUUCGAGCCGGGGCAGGGCCAUGUGAUUCUGUGGAGAAUCAGGAAUGUGUUCCAAACCAGGAAGUGCUGCCUAGUGAGCCUCCUCCAAGCCAUGCCUUUGAGGGGGGGCCUAAUUUGGAGACACCUGACACUGGCCCUCGUCUUGCCCGCUCUGCAAGUGUUUCAUCCAGCUACAGUAACGUCAGUCACAGCAGUGGGCACGUUCCUCAGAGCGGCAGCCACAUCCCUCUGCGACAGCAAGGUGUAGUGGGAACAUUUAUCCAACAGGAAAGUCCCCGCCCACCAGAUCACCCUGCUUUGCAUCCCUCCACUGGUGGAUAUUUUGAACAGAUAGACUCCAACCCAGCUGCAGAGGCAAGUCCUACUUUCCCAACUCCUAGCCCACCUAAACCCGUUGGUGUGUUCCAAGCGAGUGCAAAUUCUUCCUUUGAGCCUGUCCGCUCACAUGGUGUAGGAGUUCGACCUGCUGAGGUUGAUCGUGCACGUGUGGUCAUGGAAAAGGGUGGAUGUGACAUGCAGCCUGGCAACCUAGAACAACCCCCGGAUAACUUGGAGACCAUUUACUUACCGGAACGCCGACCCUCAUCUCGAGCUCAGGGAGCACGACGCCCCAUUGAGAGUCCCGCUACUACACUCUGGGCUCAAAAUGACACUGCCAGUCUAGGUGCUAACAUACUGUUAGCCCCUGCAGCACCCUCGCUGGCUGCAACAUUUGUUCCAGCACAUCCAUCCGAAGUCAUCCAGCCACCAGAGGAUGGCCCUCUUGAUUUGCAUCCAGCGAACCUAGAUCCACAACCUCCCUCUGAAAAUCUGGAAAUUCCCCCAGACUCCACGCCUCAGACAAGUGUGGGAUAUGCCUCCUUGCUGGUGACCUCGCCUCCCGUAGAGGCCCUGAACCAACCUGUGUCGAUUGCGCCACCUUCCAGUUUGGUUUCCUCUCAAAACCUCUUACAACCCUUCAAUCAGACAAGUUCUCAAGAGACAGCAACACCUGUGCACCCACACCCUCAGUCUUCUGUGACCAAUCAAAUGCCUCAGAAUUCUCCUCCAACAAAUUUGCCACAGCCUCUUUUCUCUCAGACACCAGUAAACUUCAGCACUUCUUCCACUCAAUGUAUCUUGAAUCUAGCACGAGAGGCAAAAGAUGUUCAGCCCUCUGUUCAAGCAGCCCGACCCGUUCUCUCAAGGGCUCAGUCUCUUAGAAGUGAUAGCCAGUCUCUUCUGCCUUCUGUUUCUCAAGCUCUGACUUUUGCCCCUGCCACAAGUCACAAUGAAUCUUCAAAUUAUGAGCUGCUUGAUUUUUCUAUGCAUCAACCACAGUCCACGAAUCAGGUGAUGGUCCCAGCUGUCUCUCAGUCUGCCCAUCCUGCGGGCUUGGUGAAUAACACACCCGGCUUUUACCUGCAGGUCACCAAAGAUGCACAGCAGGGUGGGCAGUCUGACAGCGAGGCACUGCCCCUUCUGCAGAACUCAAACACCCCACGACCCUGCAGCAACCAACCUGUCAAAGAUCCAAUUCACACCUCCCACCCUGCCCAUCCACCUCCAGCUCAACACCAGCCUCCUCCACAUGCCCUGCCAACUCAACCUGGUGUCCCUCUCGGAUCUGCCCUACCUUCCUCUUACCCACCCCAGUCUGGGAACUCUGCCCCCCAGCCACUUCAAGAACCCCAAAGACCUCCUUCAUCUCUAGGUGAUCAAUCAGGUUAUGGUGCUCCUCCUGCGAUGCCACCUGGUCCGGGUUACGCAGGGUACUACCCGGGACCCUACCCUGAGUACCAGAAUGGAAGACUGCCGUACCCACCCCAGUACCCUAUGGAUCCCAGAUCUCAAAGCUACUAUCAGGAUGAUCCCUACCGUAGAGGAGAUCCUCGAUACGGAUGGUAUGAUGGUCAGAAUCCUGGCUACCGGGAGGCUGAACGUCAACCAGAGAGGCCAAGUUCUCAAACCAGCCAAUACUCAGACAGACCCAACUCCAGACAGGGGUAUCAAGAAGACUUUUCUAGAUCCAGCCGUAGUGCCUAUGAUGACUACUAUGCAAACUACUAUAAAAGACAGAAUGAUGCCUAUGGAGAUAGGAGCAGGUGGUAUGAUCCAAAUGCUGCUUAUGAUCCACGCUACAAAGCCUACUAUGAUCAAGCAUAUGGCUGGUACUAUGGAGAUGCCUACAACAACCAACAAUAUCAAAACAGGGGAAGAGAGGGCUAUGAUGAUCCAUGGCGAUAUUACCCUGGUUAUGACUCAAGCUUUGAUGAUGACUACCGGCGCCGUGAUCCGUACGCUGACGAUUUUGACCGCCGUUCGGUUCACAGUGAACGAUCAGCACACAGUGUCCAUUCAUCACACAGUCAACACAGUAGCUUCAGCUCACGGUCUCAACAGAGUCAAGUGUAUAGAAGUCAACCAGAUUUGGUCAGUGCAGCCUACGAUACCACUGGGACGACUCUUCCAGCGGAUUACACCUACAGCCAGUAUCCUAACCCUUCAGAUACUGCAGAUUACAGUCAGAUUUCUUACUCUACAGACAACACCUGGACUGCCCCAGAGCAGCCUCCUCCAAGGCCGUUGACCCCAGAGAAAUUUUCUAUUCCUCAUCGCUGUGCUCGGUUUGGUCCGGCUGGUCAGCUGAUCCUUGUCCAACCCAACCUGCCCUCUGCUGGUCAGCCUACACUUGUGGAACUCCACAGUAUGGAGAUGAUUCUGCAGGAUUCUCCAGAGCAGUCAGAAAUGCGUUCAUUCCCUGGCCCGCUCGUCAAAGAGGAGACUCAUAAGGUGGAUGUCAUAAAGUUUGCUCAGAACAAAGCCCAAGAGUGUUUGCGAAACGAUGACCUCAUCGACAAAGACUCCGCCUACCUCAUCUGGGAGUUCAUUGUGCUGCUGUGUCGCCAGAAUGGGACGGUAGUGGGCACAGACAUUGCUGACCUGUUACUAAAGGAGCAUCGCUCUGUCUGGUUGCCGGGAAAAUCACCCAAUGAGGCUAAUCUCAUCGACUUCAACAAUGAAGCAAUAGAGCAUGCUGAGGAGGAAGAGGCGGGGCCAGUAUCCCUUCUAUCAGACACUUUCAUGGGCGUGCCAGAGAAUGUUGGCAAGGAGACGGAGCGUUUCAGAGAACUACUACUAUUCGGCCGCAAGAAGGAUGCUCUGGAGUCUGCUAUGAAGAAUGGCCUGUGGGGUCACGCACUGUUACUGGCCAGUAAGAUGGACAACAGAACACAUGCCCGUGUCAUGACCAGAUUUGCCAACAGCCUGCCUAUUAACGACCCUCUUCAGACGGUGUACCAGCUCAUGUCAGGACGAAUGCCAGCUGCUGCUACUUGUUGUGGAGAUGAGAAAUGGGGCGAUUGGCGCCCUCAUCUGGCCAUGGUGCUAUCCAACCUCACACACACUCUAGAUCUUGACACCCGCACCAUUUCCACCAUGGGGGACACUUUAGCAUCUAAAAGUCUAGUGGAUGCAGCCCAUUUUUGUUACCUGAUGGCUCAGGUGGGUUUUGGUGUUUACACCAAGAAAAGCACCAAGAUGGUCCUUAUAGGUUCCAAUCACAGCUUGCCAUUUUUGAAGUUCUGCUCGUCAGAGGCGAUUCAGCGUACAGAAUCGUAUGAAUACGCUCAGUCUCUUAGCUCUCAGCCUCUCUCUCUGCCGAACUUCCAGGUGUUCAAGUUCAUCUACGCGUGUCGACUGGCGGAGACGGGAUUCUGCGCUCAAGCCUUCCAUUACUGUGAGGUCAUCUCACGCACCCUGUUGAGCCUACCUGAGUACUUCUCACCUGUGUUCAUCAGUCAGCUCAUACAGAUGUCUCUGAGGUUGAGGUUUUUUGACCCUCAGCUGAAGGAGAGACCAGAGCAGGAGUUGUUUAUAGAGCCUGAUUGGUUACUGCAUCUUAGACAACUCGAUGGGCAGAUCAAGGAUGGUGCGAUCACCUUACGUGCAGAUCACAGCACCUCACUGCUUUAUCACUGCAGUACGCCCAGUUCAGAAGACCACUGCAGCCCACCUGACCCCUCGACUCUGAACCCUGAUCCCCACAAUCCUCUCAUGGCCUCCCUUCUGCCCUCAGCUGGUGUUCAACUCGUGCCUCCAGCUCCUCCCACUAUUCUUCAGGAUGGUGCUGUCCCUCUGCAGCAGGCCCCGCCUUCGGGUGAAAGCGUUCCAUUCUACCCAGUGGCCCCGGGGCCACCACAGCCAAAUUUUGCAGCACCGUUCCAACCUGAAAUGCAUGAGCAAUACAUGCCCAUGCCACCCCAAAUACCCACACAAAUACCCCAACAAAUGCCCCCACAAAUUCCAACGUACAGCCCUACAGAAAUGCCUCCACAGAUGCCACCAGGAAUGCCACCUCAGAUGCCCCCGCCAAUGCCAGGGGCUGAACAUGGCUCUGUCCCUUCCUCUCCUCAGCAGUUCCCCCAGACGUCUCCCUCGUUCACUGCCCCCCCUCCACAAGGGAAGGACUUCUAUGAUGAAAUGGCACGCAUGGGCCCAGGCAGAAGAUCAAGAACCACUUCACAGUCAUCAGUGCAACUGACAUCAGGUCGUCGGUCUCGCACAACAUCAGAAUCGUCCAAUCAUUCUGGACGGGAGCGCAGCAGUUCUCUAGCCAAUCAGGGCUCUCCACCGCCCCCUCCUAUCCCAGAGGCUCCACCACAGGACGAACCCAAGAAGACCAAGAAAGACUCUCCCAAAAAAGGAGCGAGUGGUGGCUGGCUGACCUGGCUGUAUUCAAAGCGCAAGAGCGAAGCACAUCUGCCAGACGACAGGAACAAAUCUAUCGUCUGGGAUGAAAAGAAGCAGAAAUGGGUGAAUCUGGAUGAACCAGAGGAAGAGAGCAAACCCCCUCCUCCUCCACCUACCGGAUUCCCCAAAGCUCCAAUGGGAGGGAUGAGGCCACCAGGAGCGGGUGGUCCUGCAGGGGGGCCACCUGUUAAUAUGUUCUCCAGGAGAGCGGGUACUAAGAGCCGUUAUGUGGACGUGUUGAAUCCCGGUCGUGGAGGAUCUAAACCGGCAGCUGCAGUACCGCCUCCUGCUGACCUGUUUGCUCCUCUCGCUCCCAUGGCUAUGCCAGCCAACCUCUUUACACCAGCUGCAGCCCCAGAUGAGCAGCAGCAGCCGAUGGAGGGAAGCGUUCCAGAUGCCAGUGGAGAAAACACAGCGCAGACUAGUGCCACAGUGCCACAGAUGUUUAAUCCGAAUGCUUUGCCUCCUGGCCCAGAGGGAACCCAGUCUGGAGAGCUGUCACGUUCUAGCUCAAUGAGUUCUCUAUCUCGAGAAGUGAGUCAGCAUUUAAAUCAGGUUCCCGCUCAGCCGCCAGCGCAAGGAGCUCCACCUGCAGGAGGCGUGACAUUUUAUAACCCCUCCCAGUUUGCACAGUCUGUUCCCACAAGCCGCGCUCGACCUGGUCGUCUGGGACAGAGAGGAUACCCCACACUGAAAUAACAGUAUCGCUGUAGUUCUAGAUCAAACUGUGGUUCUAGACCAGAUCGGACUGAAGUUUGGUUCCUGCCUGGACUCCUGGAAGCGUUGGCAUGCGGCCCUCAGCCUCCCAAAUAACAUUGUCGCUGUCAUAAUCAUGGUUUCCCAUCUGUGCUGAAGUCUGAGUGAACGGAUCAUUCUUCAUUUCUCCUUCUAGACUCAUCGUACCCGUUACGGUCUAACUCUAUCCUCUUGUUCUGUGUUUGUACGGACUGGGCGGCACUUCCUCAACGUGAGCAGUGUGAAUAUACGUGCAAUAUGUCAAUUUUUAGCCCUGUGUAGUUUGAUUUCCUUUAGUAGUCUGCUCAUUUCAGCAGGGUGAAUGCGAGUGCAUGUGAGCGCGCGUGCUUGUGUGUGUGGGGAGGAAAUGUGGGCGUGUCUUGCUGAUGGAAGGCAGCCAAUGCAUGAGUUAGAGGGCGGUCUGGCCUGUUGUCAUGGGAACAGUGCAGCAUACCAGAAUGUUUUAGAUAUUUAUUAAGCUUCCUGUCGGAAUGAAACAGUCGAAAUGCUGUUGCCGGACAGGAUCCAUACAUCAGAGUGAGUUUGUGUACGCAUAGUCAUGACGUGCUAAACGAAUUCAUCUCUUUUUCCAUCUCCUGAUCGAAUCCUUAAUUUUGCCAGUAGCGAAGAAUCAUACAGUUAUAUGAUUUACCAAAAUCCUGUGAUCAUUGUGUGUGUUAUGCUCAUAAAAUAUCAUUUAUUAUUUUCCUGGCUUCAUCUCGCUCUCUGAUCGGUCGUCUUCGUGUCUCUUAAUCACACGCCAUUAUUCCUUUGCUCUUUCCGGGGUUCUUGUUCCCAUGGUAACAGCGGGGUUUUAUAAUUCCGAAGGUCUGCUCUAUUUGAAGGAAGCUCAGACUUUUCCAGUGCGUUUAGAAAUUGACUGUACAAUUCUUGAUAAAGUGAUAAUAAAGAUAUUUUUGAGCUCUUUAA